GACAAUGAACCGCCCCUCUCCUUCCUUCACUCCGCACCACACAGACCUGUUUCCCAGCCAGCUGUAGCCUUCACUUGUUUUUUUUUCAUACAACGAACACACACCGUCGGGUCGGACGGAGACUUUCUCCUUGUAAACCUGUGAGCUGUGUCUUGAGUCUCCUCGGUUUGCCUCCGACACCAGCAGGACUCUCCCGGUCACCCUUCACUUCACCACCAGUCGUUGAAGUCGUCGCGUGGCUUCGACGGGUAGGGUUGAGGAGUGAAUGGUGUGAACAGUGUUGGAAUGCAACAGGAUUAUCAUCUGACUUUAGCUCAGAGGAGGCGAAGCAACCAGACCAUUAGAUCACACAUUUUCUGAUCUUUGCUGCACUACAAUGCCUUUGAGGUUACGAUGUCUACGCUGAAGCACGUUAUUCUGCACGAUAAAGACCAGGAUGUUGAAAAGAAGCUCGACUGGAGUUACAUUGAAUGGGCUGAAAAUGAAGUUAUUACCACAGGUGUGGCGAAUGCACAGACACAAACGGACUGGGGGCCCUUUGAGCACAAGGAGAGUCAGACCAGCAACCCGGUCAUAAUGCACAUAGACCUCACACGGACACACUCCAAGCUGAGACACUCGUCUCUGGUGGACACUGAUGGCUUGGUAGCACCUCUCUUCCAGUUUGAUCGGCAGGCCCCCGCCCGCAUCUCCACGUCUCCGACUUUGAGGAGGAUGAGGAGCACCCGACGUCCUUUGAUAGAUUCUCGGGAUCCUGUGAGGAUGGGGAGCACACAGGAGGAGCCUUCCUCUGCAGGCACACCACCCCCCAUAAGACCCCUGUCUCCAGUGCACAGAGUCAAGUCUCCUCUUGCAGCUAGCCCCCUCUCUGAAGGAGAGAUCUGUCACGAUUAUCAGCCCAUUUCAUCCUCUGGCCGACAGAGAACCAGAUCACAUAGAUCAAAGACUUUUGACAGUGGUAUCACUUCCACCAGACAAGAAUGUCGCAGCGCUCAUCCUACUCUUAUUAAAGAUUUUGGAUUUCUUGAUGGUGAAGUGCAGGAGAAAGAUCACUGCUAUACUAGGCUUCAGGAAAGAAGACGGAGUUCUGUGGUGGUCAGCUUGCCCGGAUUGGAUGUCUCACCAGGAGAUCUUUUUGUAUCCAAUGGAGCAGCUGGCAUAUUAAGUGGUAUAAACUUCUCUGAUACAAAGAAGUCAAAGUGGCCUUUUUCAAGGCGUAGUACGACUAAAGGGAAGUUGCAGACAGGCACAGUGUCAGAUAUUGAAAAAUAUCUCUCAACAGCACAGAUUCAAGACUGGAGAGACACUGACCUUCAGAAGUAUAAGGACUACUCUCUGGCAGAGUUCCUGCGGGACCAGUCUUCCCAGGUGAGCGUGGCCUCUGACCCUCAGGGCUUCAAGAGGCAAGAAGCCAUCUGGGAGCUCUUCACCAGCGAGUGUUUCUACUUCCUGGAUCAGCUCAUGGUUCUCAAAGAGGUGUUUUUGGCUACACUCACAAACCUGCAGAUGAGGAACUGCCUGACUGAUGUCGACUCCUGGAGACUGUUUGCAAACCUCAAUGAGCUUUGCCUGGUGAGCUUUGGUUUCCUGAACAACCUCCUCUGCGUCAUCAAGGACACGUUGGAGAUUACCGAGGGUGGCGGGCCCACCCUGCUGGAGCUGCUGAACAAGGCUUUCCAGGAGAGCAUAUGUCACUGCCUGCAGAAGUACUGCCUCAACUACUCCACGGCUCUUCUUUAUCUGGACAGCCUGAAGCCGAGAGAGGACUUUGGAUCUUAUGUGAAGUGGUGUGAGAGGAACGAGCAGUGCCGGAGGCUGCAACUGCGUGACCUGUUGGUGGUGCCUCUGCAGAGGCUGACUAGAUACCCGCUGUUGUUGCGGAAUAUCGCAAAGAGAUAUCAGACGGAGGACGAGACCAGAGGCCUGCAGGCUAUAGCAGAGCAAGUGGACACGUCUAUAUGUGAUCUGGAGGGAAAGGUCAAAUGGCUGGAUAACUACCAGAAGGUGAAACAGCUGCGAGAUGCCCUGGUGUGGCUGCCUGUGUGGGAGAGAGACAAGCGUGCCUUCGUCCCUGAGAAUCUGAAACAUCUCCUAAAGGCUGUCACUCUGGAGAAUCUCAUUUCUCACAGAAGUCUGCUGCAUGAAGGGAAACUGGUGCUCACAGAGAACACCAAGCUGAUAGAUGUUUAUCUGUUCCUGUUUGACGAAUUCCUGCUGAUCACAAAGAUAAAGAGAAACAAGAAGAGGUCCAUCGGUCCAGAACAGAAUCCUCUCAGGCCGCCACAGAACCUGGAGCUGGAUCAGCUGCUGAAGGAGGGAUGCACUUUCACGGUUCUCGACCAGCCCGUCUCUCUGGACCGACUCCAGCUCAAGAACAUUGAUCAGCUUAAUGCCUCAACAUCGGGGCUUCCUCAUUCUUUCAUAAUCAUGCACCAGAACCGCUACCAGCAGUGUAUCGGUGCAUUCAUCCUGCAAGCUGCGUCAGAGUCGGCCAAGAGAGUGUGGAUGUCAAAGAUAGAGGGCGCUGUAAUGGCGCUGCUGAAGCUGGACUCUCAGCAGCCGCGAGUCAAGAGCUCCUCACUGUGGCUGGAGUCUUCACAGAUAUGACCAAUCAAACAGCACUAGAAGCCAUCUGCAACAUCUUUACUGUGCACUUCACUGUCCCCUGAAGUCCUGUGAAUGACUGUACUGUUCUAGCACUAGGAUCAUUUUGUAAACUAAAUGUUUGCCUGUAAAGGCAGCUGCUGCCAUAGUGUACAAUAAA